AUGGAUAGGACGUGGUGGAACCGUAGCUUGGGUACCUCGCUCUCCGGAUCCGACAACUCUGGAUUAUUUUUUAUGAGGAUGGAUGAAGCAGAGGGACCUUUCUGUCCAGAGAAAUCUGCAUCUUGUGUCAGAGGGAUUAGUAUACCAACAGCAUCCAACACCAGUCCUGCAAAAAUUCAGGACACAUCUCAGAACCUCUUUCCGGAAAGUCCAGUUUAUGAACCAGAUGUGGAUCUUAUGGUUACUGAAGGAAACACUGAGGUCGAUAGUACUACAGUGGAAACAGAAACUAAAGAUGAUCAUCUAAUCAGUCAUGUCAAAAGAAAGCUAUCCGAAGACGCCUCUGAUAGUAGCGCGAAAAUUCUAAAACUCAGUUCAGAUAAUGAAGAAGGUACGGUUUCAACUCAAUCUUUGGACGAUGAAGUAUCCCAGAUUACGAGUGUAGCGAAAAGAAAACUAGAUGAUGAAUUGCCAGCCAAAUCUCGCGUACGUACGCCUGUGCGCUCAAGUCCAAGAAAACUUACUAAAAGAAGCAAUAGUGCCGAACUUACUCCAAAAACGCCAAAGACCAAAUCAAGAUCAGCAAGUGUUGAUAUAACAAAAGGGCGAAAAACGCCACGGAAAAUGCAAUUUGAUCUAAAAAGCGAGAAGAUAGUUGAAGAUAUCAAAAAUUCGGAUAGCUCAAGUCGUCCCAGUGUUGAAUUUGUUGCAGAAAUUCUGCCUAAAGUUCCUGAUACUAUUGUGGAAGAAGAAAAUCCCACUGAUAAUCUUAAUGAUUCGCAAAACUUUCAGCUGGUUCUAUCACCGUCUCCAGAAGAGUCUAUCUGUGAAGACAAAACUAAGGACACAGAAAAUAAUAGUGAACCUGUAAUUGUAAAAGAGAGUGCAGUAACCUCAACUGUUGAUAAAAUCGAUGAAAUUAAACCUGAAGCGUCUACUUAUUCGGAUGUAAGCAAUUUAUCCCAAUCUGUUUCAAAAGAGGACAUUAAAGACAAAAAUACAGAUCAAGAAAGCACAGACAGCGUUUGUUCUGUCGUCCUAGAUAGCCCUGAGCAUAUACCAAGUGUUACUUCAAAGCUUAUUUCUAAAUUAUCCAAUGGAAAUUCUUCAACACCAUCUGAAUUGAUUGAUACCAAACACGCUAACGAAGAUAGUACUCCAGACAUGACAAAGUUGAAUAGUAACAAAGACAAAGGGAACAAAAAUGAGUCUUUUAGAGUCAGUAACACGACAACACCUUCGACAAUUUCACCUUUACAAAAUGGCCAUUCCCUGCCAAUCAAUACGCCCCAAAUACCUGUUUUUGAUGUUCACGUAAGCCAUAAUGAGGACUGCGAGUUUUUAUCCCUUUACGUAGUAAGAACUGAUAACGACGUUGGUAUCGAUAUGUGCAAGGAAUAUCAGAGGAUUUCGAAGCGUUUUACGAUCGAUCCAUACUUAGGCGAUGUGUCGGUCAAUACUUCACCUUCAAGCGUGACUAGUGUUGGAAUGAUCAACUUACCAAACAGAACGUCAUUCGUUUCAACAGUUAGCUCGACAUCGACAUCUAGUAACCGAACUAGUGAUGGGGCGUUUGUUGUACCACAGCCUCCAAGAAAAUUUGUUUCAAACCCGUCAACCACCGUAAAAGGCUAUGACGCGUUAAUGAAAAAACUUCAGGAUAUAUUUUCUCAUAUUCGAGACGCAUCAGUUUCCGAUAUAAAUCGAUCUUUGAAUGAUGAUAAAAUAUCGGUCGGAAUUCAGGCGUCGUUAUCUGAAACAGGGCUAAGUAACGGUAACGCAAGUCCUGAAGAAGUUAAUAAGUGCGAUAAAGCAACACCAAAGAGCUCUCUUAAAAAGACCAGAGUGAGAGGUCGAAGACCCAUCGUUGGUAAAACUAAACGUGCAUUAUUACCAACGCAACAUGAAGAGGCAGAGUACAUGCAUGGAAUGAAUUCCCCAGAAAUGAUCCCCACAAACGGAGACAGUGGGAAAACUUCACCUGUAAAAUCUCCAAAGGAAGAAAAACCUCUAUCUGCUUUAGUUGGAACACCAAAAUCAGUGACCAAAUUGAAGCAAAAACGGCGUCCUACAUCCCCAAGACCGGCUACGCCUGUUGAAAAAGUACUUGUUAAACCCGAAUACCCAGGUUUUGCUCCGGAUACAGUUGUAUUAGCUAAGUGGGUCGAUAAGCGUUACUAUUCAGGGAAAGUUCUAGAAAUAACGGAACCAAAUAAGUAUCUGAUCAAGUUUGAUGAUGGUCAGAGCAAAGUUCUUUUGGAUGAUUUUAUUAUAUUUGGGGAUAUGAAACAGUUACCGUUACAAGGUCAGUCUGUGUAUGCUAUGGUUGAUGAGGAACAGAACUAUGAACCAGGUUUAGUUCUCGGAGUGGAAGAAAACGACAAUGGUACUGUGACAUACCGAUGCACUACGGAUGGAGAUACAAUAGUGAUGGUGACGGCCAGUGAGUUGUACCUGACGGAAGACCAAGCGAGGUCCCUCAAGGAGUCAGGUCGCUCCCGAUCCCCAUCAGCCCCCACUACUCCCAGACGACGACACAACAGGGAGUUAGACCUCGAUAAUAUUAUACAGGGUCCUCGCAGUGCACGUAGUCGAGAUAAGGGCAACUCGAGCGCUAGGAAACGAUUAGCUUCGCCAAAGAGUCCUAAAGCAUCCACCUCAGGUCUGAAGACGAAAAGCACACCAGUCAGUCGUAAACGUCUAGCAAGUGAGAGCAGUGAAUUGAGUGAAAGCAGUAACUCUGCUCCUCCAGUUAGAUUGGAAGAGGUAGCCGGAGUCGAGCCUGAAGUUCAGAGGACACCGAGAAAGAUUGAUGGGGUUAAAGCUGGUCCCUUACAACUUAAAGGUGCUGCUAAACAAAAUAUAGGCAAGAAAAACUCAAAACUGACUAAAUUUGAGAAUGACGAAGACACAGUAUCAACAUUGGGACCGAUACCUAAUCCGGAUAGUAAAUUGUUUGCGGGACUCUGUUUCUUACUGACUUGCACUGAACCACCAAAGCCAUCUCAAUCACAAUCCGAGAAGCAAUGUCAAGAAACACGUCAUUAUUCAUCGGAGGAAGAUGGAGAGACAACGUCAACGAUGGUCGGUACUGAUACUGAGGAUUUGGAGUUUUGUGACAGACCGUUUAAUAAGGAAAGACUCAAGGAACAAUUAGAGGCGGGUGGUGGUACUGUGUAUAGUCAUUUCGAUGACCUACCCAAGAACAAAUAUAGCGUUUGUAAGCUCAUAGCUCCCAGGCCGUGUCUAACAGCAAAAUACAUACAAUGCUUAGCCAGCGAUAUUAAGGCAGUAUCUCACGCUUGGAUUAUAAUGAGCUGUAUUAAAAACCGAUUACUUGAUGUGGACGCUUUCAUUCUACCCUCGGGUUGGUCGAUAAUGAAAAAGUGUUUUGUCAAUUGGAUCCCACCAUCAGGCAAACGUAACGCAACGUUCUUUAAAGAUAAAACAAUACUACUAUGCGGUGAUCAAGAUACAUUUGUAAAAUUUUGGGAGCGAGUUUGUACCCUUGCCGGAGCCAACACAAGAGUGGUCAAUGAAGAAAAUCUAAACAUGUCUGGAGCUGUUUGUUUAGUAACUGAAUGGGAUUGUCCACACGAAAUACAAAAUAAAGCAAAUCAAGAUAAUAUACCACUGGUUUCGACGACUUGGGUCGUCCAAUGCUUGAUUGAAGCUAAAGUUAUCCCACCGACCAGCCACGAUAAGUUUUCAUUUAUGUAUGCGGAGCCAGAAUGAUCCUGGGACUUCAAAAAAGUGCUCAUUAUACGUGAAUUUUGACACAUAGUGAGUGUUGCGAUAGAACGCUGUGUAGUGUUAAGUGAUAAAACUCUUGUUAUAGCUUAGUUGAAACUAUUUUUGUUAUCACUGGCAGAAAGAAUUAGGUUACCAUUCCUAAAUUACAUCA